UUUUAAUGAAAUUAAAUAAAACAGAAUUAUAUAUAAUUCAAGUCGGUUUGGUUUAAUCCUAGAUUGAAAAGGCCGUGAUUCCUAUCAAAUCAGAUUUCAGUAGUGCUCAGUCUUUAUCAAUGGGCUCCUACCCUGGUGACAGGGGGGAUGGAAGAAUGUUUUGGGUUGAAUAUGAAUUUGUUACCCGAUGAAAUUAUUAAGUUCGGUUUUAGGUCUCGAAAUGAGUAAAAGUAGUCUUUGGUUGUGCCUAUAAAUCUGAUGCAAUGGCUCCUCACAUUGGAAAUCAUAAUGACACCCCUUUGUUGCUUAGACCACCCCUUUCAACCAGUGAAAAUAAGGAGUUUGUUUGUGGAUGGGGAGCAGCUACAGUGAAUAUAUUAGUUACAUUCCCAAUAAACAAAAUUAUUUUUAGGCAGAUGCUACAUAAUUUGAACACCCUCGCAGCAGUAGAGCAAGUUGCCAGUGAAGGUAUCUUUCGACUUUACAGAGGUGUUGUUCCACCAUUAUGCCAAAAAUCUGUCUCUGUUUCUAUAAUGUUUGGAAUGUAUGAUAAAUGUCGGCGCCCACUAUUAGAUAGAAAUAUAAAUCCAUUUCUUUCAAAAGUUAUAGCAGCUAAUGUAGCUGGCACUAUAGAGUGCAUUUUGGUACCAUUUGAAAGAGUCCAAACCUUGCUUCAACAUGAAAGAUACCACAAAGAAGUGUUGAGUAUGAAACAUGCAGUGAACUUACUUUGGCAUCGGCACGGUUUUGCAGAAUUCUAUCGUGGACUUGUACCUGUUCUUUGUCGGAAUGGCCCAUCAAAUGCUCUUUUCUUCAUUUUUCGAGACAAGGCAAAUGAAUUAUUUCCAGAACCUACUAAGUUUCCCAGUCGUGUAGUCAAUCAGUUUGCAAUUGGGGCAAUGAUCGGAGCUCUGUGUUCAACUAUAUUUUACCCCUGCAAUGUUUUGAAAGUCCAUAUGCAAAGUCGAAUUGGAGGUCCUUUUCAGUCUGUGAUAUCGUCAAUAAUUGAAAUUUACUUGGAGCGUGGAAGUAUCAAGGCUUUCUUCAGAGGGGUUCACCUCAACUACACUAGAUCUUGCAUCAGUUGGGGCGUAAUCAAUGUUGCUUAUGAAGGAUUGAAAAAGAUCUUAUAAAGACAUUAUUUUUGCUUUUAUUUGAAUACCAUGAAAGCCAAAUUAAUUUAGAUUACUUGUAGAAACAUUAAAAAAAACCUUGAAUUUUAAAUUUCUGGUAGAAAAAGUAAGUAGGCAAAAAUCAUGUAAUAUGAAUCUAUUUCUAGGUAGAGCAAAACAUGCUGGCAUAUUUUUAAAUAGUUACCUGUACAAUUGUUGAAAUUGAUUAUUAUGAAAUUAUUUCAAAAUUGUUUUCAGUUGAAUGCAAUGCACAAUUUUGGUUCAUAGUGAAUUUAUGUUUUUCUUAUUGCUUAAAUAUUUGGCCUAGCACAAAAAUGUGUAUUGUAAUAUUUAUUUCAACAGGGUUAUAGGCAACUAUUUACAAUUUUAAACUAAUAUAUAGUUUUCAUUCUUUUUUGGGAAACUUGUUCCAUAUAUAUUAUGGUUCCUGUAACUUGAGAACAGAUACAAACUCUGUGUAUGCAACUUUUUACUAACUGUAUAUGGGCAUUUGAUUUUUAUUGACUUUCCAAGAUGUAUUUCAUUUCUGUAAAAAAAAAAAUAUUUUAAUUAAUCAAGGGUACAGGGAAAAAACAUAAUGUUAGAAGUUUAAAAUUUAAAGAAAAUCUUGUAUUUGAAACAAUGGUAAGAUUAUUAAAGUGACAUUUUUCCUUUAGUGAGCCACCAAACAUACACCAUGAACUCUGUAUCAAGAUCUUGAUAAAAAUUCUACUCAUAAUCUUUUUCACAAUUUUUCUAAUGAAAGUUUAUGAGCCCUAAAAUUACAAAAUAGCCAUUUGGUGAUUCUGAAUUAACAUUUUCAAAAAAUAAGGGUGGGAAUUUUAAAAUCCUAAGAAUGUUGAACUUUAAAAUAUUUCAUUUUUAAACAAAUAAUAAAUAACCAAGUCAAUUUGCAAUGAAAUAAUUUAUUUUUUAAAAAAUCAGUAUGAUGGAAAGCAAAAAUCUUCUCAAACUCAAAGAUAAAUAUUUUGAUUUAUUCGUUUGUGUGCAUUUUUAAUAUGUGUAUAUUUAGUGGAUCUGUUUCCAUUCCUGAAUUGUAUGAGAGUUCAACCCAGUUCUUGGACUCCAUUGGUCUUAGAAUCAACCUAUUAGAUUAAGACUGUCUUAUUGAAGAUUUUCUUUUUAUUUGAGCAUUAUUUUAAACUAAUCCAGUGUGUCUUGCCUCUAAGAAUAUUGCAAUGGAGAAACCUCUGAACUAAAUAUUUAUUUUUACCUCCAGGCAAUUUACAAAAUAUGGAGCACAUUCUGAAUUAAGUUUUCUAAAACAAAGCAAGAAGGAAAGAGCAAUGCCAAUUAUAUAUAAAGUUGAUCAGCAUGAAAAUAGUAUGUGAUGUAUUAUGAACAAAUAGUCCUUACCUUAGUCAGGGCUUCCAUAUCCCUGAUUUUUGCGUCAAAUAUGAAAGGAAUAUGUAGUCCACAGCAAUGGCUUUAACCGAUUGUUUUUCAAGCUAAAAAGCUAGUAUUAAUUUUUUGGUAGUACAAUAGCUGAGAUUUUGUUUGAAAACUUUAAUUAUGAUUCUAUGGCCUUUUCUCCAGUCCUUAGGAAGGUUAUGUUUGUUUACCUAUUUGGCUCAUAUACAAUGCUGGUCUUCCUUAUACCUUCACUCUGGGCGAAAUCAUGGUAAAAUAUCAAAGAUUAUAUAAAAAAAAAUAAAAGUAGUAGAAGUUUAUCUCCAUCCUGUUGAUCAAUACUUUAUUAGGUUGGGUUUUGGACCCUUUUAACUAGAAUAAAAAAAAUCAGUUAUACUUUAAUCUAAGAAUGCCUACUUUGUGCAGACUAAUCAAAACUACCUAAAAGUACAUCCCUAUGAGUCUCUAAGAUGAAAGUGGAAAUGGAAGAGUUUUUAUCUAUUUUAAAGUUUAUUACAUUUUUUUUUCAUUUCCGGUUUUUACUCUUUUAGAGUAUUUUAUUUCCGGAUUAUACUGGUUUUUAGGUUCUUGGGUAGUUACAGGAUAGGUUAAAAAUUAUUUAUCUUAUAGACCUCAAAGGAAUCUUACGAUAUUUUUCAAAUAACUUUUUGUGAAGUUUUUUUUUUUUAAUUCAGUCACGUAUACUAUAUAAAACAUUCUUCCUUCAUACAAGUGUUCAUCGCCAUGAUUCCAAUAUUCAGAUUUUUUUUGUAGCUCGACUUUUCUUUUCGAUGUCAUUUUAUUGAUUAUGAACUCUUUGACACCCGUAUCCAAUCCGUCUUUAACAUUAAUUUUAAGACGCUCAGUCGUGGCAUCAAAAGUUGAUAUUGAAUCUCCAGUACUCGGGACUAUCGGCAUUCAGCCACCGAGGCUUAGAUUUUGAGGAUGAUUUAUAGAAAAUUCAUAUGAAAGAACUCAUAGUUAUUUGAAACGUGGGUCUGACCUUGCGACAUUGCAUGGCCGCUCCAAGUUUUUGUCAAGUAGGCAUUCUUCUAGUAUUUUCUUCUAUUAUACCCGAGCUGUAUCAACUUCUCCGAACACCUUCACCAGUAUUAAUUUUUUGCACUUUCAAAUUUCAAUGGAACUAAGUAAUACUCUAUUGAAAACAUGUAAAUUUCUCACAGAAUAAAAUAAUGUUGAUUUAUAACUGGGAUAUGAUAGGCGUAGUAUCUUUCUCUUUUCUAAUAUUUCUUUGUAAUUAGAGUAUGUUAACAAAAUGUUUUCUGAUAUAAUUUUAACUUAUGCUGUGUUUUUCUCUUUAUGGUUAACGUAUUGUUUCCACAUUUAAAGAAAAUUGCAGACGCAAAUAGUAAACGAUCAUCAUUUAAUAGUACUCAUUAUGUCCAACAGAGUUCGCUAAAUUGCUCUGAAAAUUGUUGAAUUAUAGGUCAUUUGUUUUUCCACUGUACCCUUAAAAAAAUGUGAAAUAGAAAAUGUAUAAAGAUAUGCGUUUUUAGAAAUUGCAAGAUGUACCUAAUUUUUAGAUUACAAAUUUUAUGUAAAAUAAUUUUCCUAUUUAAAACGGUAAAAUAUUUAUGAAAUUGUUAGUUUUAAUGUAUAUAUUUAUAUAUAAACGGAAUAGAACAAUUUUUUUUUCUUAUAAAUACUGUUGAUUUUAAAAUUAACACAGUAUUAUAAUUGUUAUUUUGAGUUGUUCCAAAAGAGUCUGUUAAUAUAUUAAAUGUUGUAUCUGACUUGUUUUAUUUAUAUUUUUGUUUUUUUCAAUUCAAUAAUCGUAGAUGGAAGACUGGAUUUGAUUUUGAGGACAUAAUUUCUGUGCUGAACCUUGAAAUUAUUAAAUCAAUUCUAGGUUAAUUUUAAUGUUUAUAAAACAAAUAUGAUUUAAGUGGUGAGUAAUGUGUAUUAAGCAAAAAUAAUGUAGUUAUAAUUUCAAUCCUUCAAGGUUUUGUUGUAUAAUCCCCUUAAUGAUGACAAUAUCCAGUUUUUUGUUGGUGCAGCUUUCUCUGACUAAUGUCCUCUUAGCUUUUCCAAUUUCCAUCUUUAUCAUUUUCCUAAACUAUUAAACAGCCUUCCUCUCCUACAAUUUAUGCAUAGACCAGAAAUAAUUAUUACAUAUAUACAAUUUUAAUUUUUAAAUUUAUUGGACAUAUUUCACCAUGAUAUAUUGUGAAUGUCAGAGGUGUUAGUCAAGUAAUGUCUUUUCUUUUAAGUAGGAACAG